UUCGGUUGCUAGCGGCAGAAAUUCCCACCAAAGACUCUCUUGCUGCUGAAACAUCGCAUCAGGCAGGAGUUUCGAUACACAAAAUAUACCUACAUGAACUAGUGCGCUCGCGACUCGCGAUCUCGUUUCUGGUUUACUCGUAACUGUUAACGUGCGUUAACGCGGUUAUUUUUUAAUUUAAUACUAUAGGUUAAAAAAGUAAAAAAAAGACGCUCAAAUGGUUGUCUCCGAUCAAUCUGAAGAUAACGGCGGUGUCAAAGAGUUUCAGUUUCAAAAGUUGAAACAUGAAACAAAAUGGGAAACUUUUAAGAGAGCCAUCUAUGAUCCUGAAACCAAAUCUGUGCUGGGAAGGACUGGGAAAAGUUGGGGUCAACUUCUUCUAUUCUACGCCAUCUUUUACGCAGUCCUUGCAGCCCUAUUCGCGAUAUGUAUGCAAGGCCUUUUUGCCACCUUAAGCGACACACAACCUACCUGGACUCUGGACAAAAGUUUAAUAGGCACCAAUCCAGGCUUAGGUUUUCGUCCCAUCUCUAAAAGAACGGAGGAGGGAUCGUUGAUCGUAUAUAACAUGACCAAUCAAACGGAGGUCAAUAAAUGGGUUGAUUUGAUCGAUGAAUUUUUAAUACCAUACAAAGCAAACCAAGCAGGUAAGAAUUACGUGACCUGCGAUUUCGAUAAGCCUCCCGCUGAAGGAAAAGUAUGCGUUAGCGACUUAUCAAAACUGGGAAACUGCAACAAAGAUCGCGCUUAUGGAUACAAUGGAUCCUCUCCCUGUAUAUUCUUAAAGCUGAAUAAGAUAUUUGGUUGGAAGCCAGAGUAUUAUACUGAAGUGCAUCCCGAUAUGCCCAAAGAGUUAAAAUUACAUAUUGAAGAAAAUACUAAGAACGUCACUGAGCGACAACAAGUAUGGGUCUCCUGCACGGGUGUCGAUGAUAUAGACAAAGAACACGUGCAGUCGUUCAAUUAUUAUCCUCACGGAUUUGCCAGCUACUACUACCCGUAUCAAAACUACCCCAAUUACAUAAGUCCUAUUAUCGCGGUGGAGCUCGUCAAUGUUAAAACAAAUAUUAUUAUCAGCGUAGAAUGUCGAGCUUGGGCGAAAAACAUCGAAUACAAGGGCGGAUCCUUGAAGAGGGCAGGGUCGGUUCAGUUCGAAAUACAAGUAGAUGAUGAUGCAAGUUUAUAAGAUAUAUGAUUUGUUUGACAGACAAAUUAAUAUUAAUGCGAAUUUUGAAUGUCUACUAAUGUAUGUUCAACUCUGGCCUGGUCCGGCUUCAGUACUUAUUUUUUUAUUUAUUUAUUUAUAUUUUAAUUUUAUGUAGUUUGUACGGUUUUGUGUUCUUUAGGUUGUGCCCUUGCAGGUUGUGCCUUAAUGUUUUUUUUUUCAUAUACGAAAAUUGUUAUUUGUGUAUAGUUUUAUCGUGUUGUUUUAUUGAGGGAGUAUUAAAUGUUACCAAAUAAGUAGGUAUCUAUGUGUGUUUUAGAGCUUUAUAAAUUUGUUAAAUACCUUUAUAUUACUCUAUUACAGUUUCUAAGAAUCACUGUGCUUUAGAUCAUAUCUCUAAUAGGGGACCAUACUGAGUGUGCCUUAGAUCUUUAACAAAAAUAUAAAUAAGUUUAAUGUAUCAGGAUAGCAGAUUGGUUCUUAGAAUUUAAUUCAUAAUAAUUAGGUACCAUACAAAAUUAAGUAUUAAUACAAGUCGCAUAAGUUUUUUUUUUUUCAAAUUGAGAAAUAUUUUUGUUCAUGUUAGUGUGUAUAGCUAUUGUGUACUUAUGUGAUUUUAUAGCUUUAAUUCAUAUUGCCAGUGUCAUCAUAUUUUAUUAUAAACAUUAUAGAUUUACAGGAUAUUUUUAGUUAGAAUUUGAGCUCAUUUACAUAAUGGUACAUUUCAGUAAACAUCAAAAAAGUAAACAAUAUUUGAAAAUAUUAUA